AUGGUGGCAGCAACGUGUGUUUACGAAGGUACGGCAAGUGAGGUUGCUGCGCAAGAAGCGAAGCUUAAUGCGAUAGCUGCAAAAUUUGGUGGAUUAAGUGGUGGUGAAAAGAAUGGAAAGUAUGGUUAUCGGUUGACUUUCGCUAUCGCUUAUCUUCGUGAUCUUGGCUUAGAAUUCUCCAUAAUGGGCGAAUCGUUUGAAACUUCCGUUCCCUGGGACAGAGUAUUGGUUUUGUGUCAAAAUGUUAAGGAAGUGAUUAAACGAGUAGGAAAAGCAAAUGGUUUGAUAUUGCCCUGUCUUGCUAGCUGCAGGUUUUUUUUUUCAUUAUUUUUCAGUGUUUUUUUUUUUCAGAUAUCUCAGGAUACUUUAUAA